AUGUCUAAACUAGAUUAUAAUUUCACUAAGUUUUUCUACAUAGAAGAUGAAGUUCUAUAUCAGUUGAAAGACAGCGCCACCAGGUGGCUAAUAACAGUACCAGAGAACACACAGAGGGCGCAGCGAGCGGCUGUAAAGUCGAACACAAUGAAGGAAAUAUUCGUCUUUGGAGAGGCGGACGGCUUCCUUCCAUUCCGCACACUGAUGGAAGACGAGGGAGCAUUCUACUCGGCGCCAGUCAACGUAGACUGCGCCGAAAGCAUCGCCCUGCUCAUGUACUCCAGCGGAACUACGGGCUUGCCGAAGGGCGUCAUGCUAACGCCACGCAACCUGGUGGCAGUCAUGGAAGUUAUGAAGUUGCUAGGCAGUGCGAUCAAGUCUAAGGACAACACGCCGAUAUUGGGAGCGACAAACGAGGUGGUGCUGGGCGUGAUGCCAUUCUAUCACGUGUCAGGCCUCAACGCAUCAGUCAUAUCCAGUCUCAUGACCGGAUCCGCUGUGGCCGUCCUACCUCGCUUCCGGCCGCGGCUCUUCCUGGCCACGAUCGAAAAAUAUAAGAUCAAGAAAUUGUCGCUGGUUCCGCCUCUUGUGCUGUUCCUAGCCAAGCACCCUCUGGUGGACAAAUACGAUCUCUCUCACAUUCAGCUGAUAACGUGCGGGGCAGCACCGCUCAGUAAGGAGCUGGCUGAAACAGUCAUCAACCGACUGGGAGGGAAAGCCCAGCUGAACUUGUUUCAGGCUUACGGCAUGACGGAGACAACGCUAGCGACUCACGUCAUGAUGAACACAGCGAGUGACAAGUACAACAGUGUAGGAGAGCUCAUGUGCAACCUCGAAUGCAAG